GCUGCUCCUUCGGCGGGAAGGUCUACGCCGUGGACGAGACAUGGCACCCGGACCUGGGGGAGCCCUUCGGGGUGAUGCGCUGCGUGCUGUGCGCCUGCGAAGCGCCUCAGUGGGUUCGUCGUGGGAGGGGCCCUGGCAGGGUCAGCUGCAAAAACAUCAAGCCCGAGUGCCCAACCUUGGCCUGCGGGCAGCCCCGCCAACUGCCAGGACACUGCUGCCAGACGUGCCCCCAGGAGCGCAGCAACUUGGAGCAGCCGCCGCCGAGCCUGUCCUUCGAGUAUCCGAGGGACCCGGAGCACCGCAGUUACAGCGACCGCAGCGAGCCGGGGGCCGAGGAGCGCGCGCGCGCCGACGGCCACACGGACUUCGUGGCGCUGCUGACAGGGCCGAGGUCGCAGGCUGUGGCACGUGCCCGGGUCUCCCUGCAGCGCUCCAGCCUCCGCUUCUCCAUCUCCUACCGGCAGCUGGACCGCCCCAGCCGGGUCCGCUUCUCAGAGGCCACGGGCCGUGUCCUGUUUGAACACCCUGCAGCUCCCACUCAAGAUGGCCUGGUCUGUGGGGUGUGGCGGGCAGUGCCUCGGUUGUCUCUGCGGCUCCUUAGGGCGGAACAGGUGCAUGUGGCACUCGUGACACCCACUCACCCCUCGGGGGAGGUCUGGGGGCCUCUCAUCCGGCACCGGGCCCUGGCUGCAGAGACCUUCAGUGCCACCCUGACUCUGGAAGGCCCCCAGCAGCAGGGUGCAGGGGGCAUUGCGGUGCUCACCCUCAGUGACACAGAGGACUCCUUGCACUUUCUGCUGCUCUUCCGGGGGCUGCUGGAACCCGUGAAUGCAGGUAAGCGGGGGAGGGAAACGCAGGAGAAGGUGGGGAGGGCACAGCCGCUCAGAGCUGUCCACACGCGGGGCUGUUGCAGGACCGGCCCAGGUUCCUGUGAGGCUCCAGAUUCUACAUGCGGGGCAGCUGCUGCGAGAGCUUCAGGCCAACACCUCAGCCCAGGUGAGGGAGGGUCCGGCCCGCGCCGUCAUCUGCUCCGGCCUCUCACUGUUGCCCACGGCACCCUGCUCUGUCCCCAGGAUCCGGGCUUUGCUGAGGUGCUGCCCAGCCUGACGGCCCAGGAGAUGGACUGGCUGGUGCUGGGGGAGCUGCAGAUGGCACUGGAGAGGGCGGAUGGCCCGGAGCUGCGCAUCAGUGGGCACAUUGCUGCCAGGCAGAGCUGUGAUGUCCUACAAAGCGUCCUUUGUGGGGCUGAUGCCCUGGUCCCUGUUCACACUGGUGCUGCCGGCUCCGCCAGCCUCACACUGCUAGGAAACGGCUCCCUGGCCUACCAGGUCCAAGUGGUGGGGACAGGCAGUGAGGUGGUGACCAUGACCCUGGAGACCAAGCCUCAGCGGAGGAAUCAGCACACUGUCCUGUGCCACAUGGCUGGACCCCAGCCCGGAGGACACACGGCUGUGGGUAUCUGCCCUGGGCUGGGUGCCCGAGGGGCUCAUAUGCUGCUGCAGAAUGAGCUGUUCCUGAAUGUGGGCACGAAGGACUUCCUGGACGGAGAGCUGCGGGGGCAUGUGGCUACCCUGCCCUACAGUGGACACAGUGCCCGUCACGCCACCCACCUCCUAGGGCCUCCUGGGAUGCCAGGGCCCCGGCGGCUGCUGAAGGGAUUCUACGGCCCAGAGGCCCAGGGUGUGGUGAAAGACCUGGAGCCCGAGCUACUGCGACACCUGGCACAGGGCACUGCUUCGUUGCUGAUCACCACCAAGGGGAGCCCUAGGGGGGAGCUCCGCGGGCAGGUGCACAUCACCAACCAGUGCGAGGCGGGGGCCCAGCACCUUGCUGCAGCUGCUACGGAGGAGAUGCGGACCCCCGGGACUUUGGAUGUAGCUGCCAGACCAGCGGUGCCCGCCGCCCUGGCCCCCGAGGCCCCUGCACCUGCCAAACCUGGAGGCUCUGGGCGGCUCCGAGACCCCAACACGUGCUUCUUUGAGGGGCAGCAGCGCCCCCAUGGGGCUCGCUGGGCACCCAACUAUGACCCGCUCUGCUCCCUCUGCACCUGCCAGAGACGAACGGUGAUCUGUGACCCCGUGGUGUGCCCACCCCCCAGCUGCCCACACCCGGUGCAGACGCCUGACCAGUGCUGUCCAGUGUGCCCUGAGAAGCAAGAUACCAGAGAUCUGCCAGGGCUGCCAAGGAGCCGGGACCCGGGAGAGGGCUGCUACUUUGAUGGUGACCGGAGCUGGCGGGCAGCGGGUACCCGGUGGCAUCCUGUUGUGCCCCCCUUUGGCUUAAUUAAGUGUGCUGUCUGCACCUGCAAGGGAGGCACUGGAGAGGUGCACUGUGAGAAGGUGCAGUGUCCCCGGCUGGCCUGUGCCCAGCCUGUCCGCGCCAACCCCACCGACUGCUGCAAGCAGUGUCCAGGGUCCCCCCAGCUGGGGGACUCCAUGCAGGCUGACGGCCCCCGGGGCUGCCGUUUUGCGGGACAGUGGUUCCCAGAGAGCCAGAGCUGGCACCCGUCAGUACCCCCCUUUGGGGAGAUGAGCUGUAUCACCUGCAGGUGUGGGGCAGGGGUGCCCCACUGUGAGCGGGAUGACUGCUCGCUGUCACUGUCCUGUGGCCCGGGGAAGGACAGUCGAUGCUGCUCCCACUGCACACCCCGGCGGCCGGCCCCCGAGAGCAGCAGGACUGUUCCAGAGCUGGAGAAAGAAGCCGAAGGCACCUAGGGAGCCGGAAGGGCCCAUGACCAAGAGGACAGGGUCUGAGCUGGGGGAAGGGGCGGUGCUGAGGAUGUUGCCUUCUCCUGUGCGGAAGCCCAGUGCCUUUAGCUCCUCCGUUCUGCCUCUUCUCCCUCCCCCACUACCUCUGGGAACCACAGAUCCACAAGGGGGAGAGGUGGCCAGGCCAGGCCCAGGCCAUACCCACUCCAGCUCUGCCCUGCCACCCUCUGGCCUCUGCCCGGGAAGCCCCGCCCAUUUCCUUCUGUACAUAAUAAUGUCACUGGCUUGUUGGGAGUUUUAAUUUAUCCUCACUCAGCACCAAGGGCCCCCCCUCCACUCCUGCUGCCCCUGAGCUGAGCAGAGUCCUUACUGGAGAUUUUGGUAUUUAUUAAAACAUUGUUUUUCAGUC